AUGCCCGCAUUAUACACAUACGUUGCGCUACUGUCGUUGAUACAGUAUACCGUCGCACAUACCGUCAUCGUGUACCCUGGAUGGAGAGGUGACAACCUACAUGCGAAUGGUACGGUAGAAGAUACCCAAGGGCUGAUGCCCGGUGGUGAGGACGGUAACCUGUGGCCGUUUGGCAUGCAAUGGAACUACCCAUGUGGUGGCAUGCCCGUCUCGACAAAUCGUACCAAGUGGCCGACUCGGGGCGGCGCGGUCUCGUUUCAACCGGGUUGGUUUCAAGGCCAUGUCAGCGCCCAAGUCUUCAUUAAUAUGGGCUUCGGCACCAACCCACCCAACAUGUCUUUCCCAAUGUUGAAUGGCGUCGAGCUUGUCGGCCCGACCAACGAGCCAUAUCCCGGCAGCUGGUGCUGGCCACACGUGCCACUCCCUGCAAAUGUUACUGUCAAUCCCGGCGAUAAUGCCACUAUUCAGGUCAUCGAGAUUGCCCGACACGGCGCUGCCCUUUACAACUGUGCCGAUAUCACCUUUGCAGACCCGGAUGAGGACGACGACAUUCCUGAGGUCACGCCGGAAAACUGCUUCAACGCCAGUCAGAUCAACUACAACCUGGUCUUCACCACCGAGAGCUUAUCGCUCGCGGCACCUUCGAUUCGAAGUUACCCGGUGUUGGUAACGCUUGUAGCGGCGGCAGUGGCUUUGACGUUUGCCUGA